UCUUGAAGGAGCUAAAGGAGUCUGGAGAUGUGGAAGAAGAAAUGGAAGACCUUCAACAGGAGGACCUCUCGGAGAGGGAAGAAAAGAAGUUAAAUCUAAUUCAGUUGGUCCAGAUCCCAAAACUCUGGUGGCAGUUGUUCAGUGCAAUUGUCAUAAUGGCAGGUUCACAGCUUGUUGGCUUUCAUGCGGUAUAUCAUUAUAGUUAUAAAAUCUUCUUGGGAACACAAAUGGGGUACAACAGCAUGAAGUAUUUGAGUGCCGCCGUAGGCAUUAUUAUCUGCUUGUCAUCUUUGUUAGGGAUUGCCACUCUGGUGCUGUCUUAUUUAAAUUUCAUUUUAUACAUCGUAUUCCUAUCUGGACACACCAUAGGCCCAACCACCUUUGUUUACGUCUACAAAGUUAUCCCAGAGACCAAAAACCAGUCUUUUAAAGAUAUCAAAAACUUCAUGGCGAUGCAGACAAACAGGAGGAUCCAUGCCAAGAUGGAUGAGGUGAUCUUGAGUUAUUCCACAACAAUGCACACAAACGUGGCUGAAUCCAAGAAAAGUGUGCACUUAACAACCAAAGAAGUCAGGGAAUCGGAAGCCGUGGAGGAACCCUCAAAAACUGAACUGACAAAGAAGCUCGUUUGGGUUUCACUGGCCUCCACCACCAUAACUUUCCACUAUGGUUACAAUAUCUGGAUAGUUUAUUCUCCUGGUGUGCUCCUGCGAGAGUUUUAUAACGCCUCCUCAUUUCAUGUGCUAGAGAAACCAGAAUAUCAAGUCAUUCUGCUGGCGAUCAACACUGCCUUAUUCCCACUGGGAGGGAUGUUUGGCUCACUGGUGUCUGGUUUUUUGGCAGAUACACUCGGCAGGAAAUGUUCUUUGGUGCUAAUUAAUAUUUCAGCCCUUAUCAGUGCCAUCUUCAUGAGUUGUAGCCAUUUUAUAUAUGCCAUUGAAUUCAUCUUUUUUGCUCGUUUGUUCACUGGGAUAUGUGCAGGUUUAAUUUUUAGUAUUGUUCCCUUAUAUCUGGGUGAAAUAGCCCCAAGGAACCACAGAGGAGGCCUUAUUUUGCUACCCCAUUUCUAUCUAACUAUUGGUGUCCUGUUGGCUCAGAUACUUGCUGUAAAAGAACUCCUAGGAAACUCGCAAGGUUGGCCUAUACUCAUGGGUCUUGCGGGGUUUGCACCCUUGGUUCAAGUGUUUCUACUGCCGUUCAUACCUGAAAGUCCAAGGUACUUAAUGAUUUUUAAGAAAAAUGAACUGCAAGCAAGAAAAGUCCUGAAGUCGCUGAGGCAGACAGAUGAUGUGGAAGACGAAAUUGAAGAGAUGCAUCAGGAGGACCUUGCUGAGGCUAAUCACAAAGACAUGACUCCACUGAGACUAAUCCGGACUCCAAGUCUGCGGUGGCAGGUCAUCACUACAGUUAUUCUUAUGGGUGGUUCACAGCUCAGUGGUAUAAGUAUGGCAUACUUUUAUACAGAACGAAUAUUUUUGACUAUGAAGAUGAGAAGCAGCCUCAUGAAGUAUUUUAAUUCUGCGGCCAUCAUUGUUAUCGCCUCCCCUGUUCUAGUAGCGAUGUACUUGGUUGAUUCUGUGGGACGGCGAGUCCUUCUCCUUGUGGGUUUUGGAGUUUGUAGCAUCACCUCUGUUUUGUUAACCGUGUCACUUGAACUGCAGAAUACAAUUAAUGAAAUGUCGUAUUUCAGCUCCCUUAUGAUAAUCUUAUUCAUUGCUGCACACAACAUUGGACCGGGCCCACUUCCAAAUGUACUUACAUCAGAGAUGUUCUCUCAGUCUUGCCGAUCUUCAGCCUUUGUGAUUUCCGGCUUUGUGUUCUGGACCACAAGCCUCCUCACAGGAUUAAUAUUCUUCUACAUAGAGGACAAAAUUGAGGAGUACAGCUUUCUCAUCUUCUGGCCAAUCUGUGCAGGAACCUUUGUUUACGUCUUCAGAAUAAUCCCUGAGACCAAGAAGCGAACUUAUAUUGAUAUCAAAAGAGUCAUUUCAGUCCAAAUUACCAGGAAGUUCCGUCUCAAGGAGUUCAAAGGAAAGAAGCGUGUCAAAAGACAUGUCUGA